AUGAUUAAAUCAAUGAUUACAGUAUUGGGUUAUAGCCAGGCUCAAAAUGUUUCACGAGUUGUUCACUUAAACAACGGUAUCGACUGUCCAAUUGUGGGCUUAGGCACCGGUGGUCAUCGGGCUGGGGGUCCGCCACAGGAUAAGGUAGUGAUUCAGAUGGUUCACGACGCUGUGGAGGUCGGGUACAGACAUAUCGAUACCGCCAGCAAUUACUUCAAUGAAGAGGCCAUCGGUAAAGCUAUCACAGACUUGAUCGCCACCGGGAAAGUCAAACGACAAGACAUGUUCAUCACUACUAAGAUUACCGCCAAUGAGACCGAUAGUAGGGCGGAGGCGUUAAGUGGUGUUCAUUUAGCUCUUCAGAAAUUGAACACAACAUAUGUGGACCUAAUGCUCAUCCAUAGGGCCAGCAAUAUAUCAGAAGUGAAUGACGAGGUCUGGAAAGGUUUGGAGGAAGCGUUGAGUCAGAAAUUAGUCAAAUCUAUCGGAAUCUCUAACUUCGAUGUCUCACAAAUGGAAAGCCUUAUGAAAACAGCAAAAGUAAUUCCAGCUAUGCUUCAGGUGGAGAGUCAUCCCCAGGAAAACCAGAAUCAAUUGAUUAAGUUUUGCAAUCAAUAUAACAUACGAGUGACGGCAUACUCACCAUUAGGCGCCGGAACUCUUAUAACUAAUCCAACAAUCGGUGCGAUC